GAUCCAAAGUAGCAAUCAGCUCCAGUGUGUUCUGACAAAUGCAGUCACCGCCGUCUCUUCUGAAUUCCUCAUUUCUUCAUCAUUUUUCAAUAUUAUACUACCAUCUCCUUCUCGAAGUUUCUCUCUCAAACUUACGUAUACGUACAUGUACGUAUGACCAAAGGUGAAGUCUUUCUGUGUGUGAAAAUUGAGGGAUGUAUGGGAAGCGGAAGAAGCUAAGGCCUCGACUUGACCGGACAAACGCCCUAAGGAACGUCGAUUACGACGCUUCACAGUCGACGCCGUCAUCGUUCGAAGAUCAGCCUACUCAUCGGACUCGGUCGCUUGACCUUUAUCCUUUGACCGACUGUACAAGCUUCAGAAUCGACGGUGUUGGCGGUGAAUUCGACGUUAUUUGCCGCUCUCUAGGGCUUUCAGGUCCUGAAGACUUUGCGAUUCCUGUAGCUGCUUGGGAAGCUCGGAAACCUUGCUCCCGUUCUGACCGUUUGCGCAGCUCUCGUUUUGCUGAUUCCCGCCGUGACUCUGAUUAUAAGCUCGAGACUUCAAAUGAAUCGAACCGCCGGUUAAAUGAUUCGCCGGAAAAUGUGAUUGAGGUUUCGUCUAGUGAAUCGGAGGAAGAGACCAAACCGUGCUCUCACUCGGACCGUUUCAGCUCUGAGAAUGAGUUUGAGAGCUCGGAUGAGGUUUCUGAUAGUGUUAGAAAUGGUGUUAGGGUUACUGUUGGCGGUGAAUUGAAUCACGGUUUAAAUUGUUCACCUGAAAAUGGGAUUAAGAUUAGGAUUAGUGAAUUGGAGGAUGAUAAUUUGCCUACGGAUCUGAAAUGUGGAAUUAAGGGUUCUAGGUCACCAAGGCUGGCUCCUUCAGCAUCGCCCGUGGACGAUUUCACAUCUGCUUGGGAUUUUAUCAAAAGUUUUGGCCCUGCAGAUGAUGAAGAUAUGGUUUCACCGUCACAUGUUGAGAGCACUUCCGACGACAUACUUGGAAACGAGCAAGUAGGAGACAUUAUUGCUAAGAAUGAAGAGCGUAAUGAGGAUUUUGUAAGAAGUGCUUCACAAGUAUCACAGACAAGCUCAGAGUCUUAUGGGGAAGGUGUAAGAGAUGCUGCUGAGGAUGUUCCUCAUUUAAGCUCUAAAUCACAGAGUCAUGGUUCCUACAGCCUGAUAUCAAAUACAAGCUCCAAAUCACCUAGUGGUGAAUCCACUAGCGCUGUCUCAAAUAUAAGCUCUAAGUCACAGAGUGAUGAAUCCUAUACAUUGAUUUUGAAGUCCGUAUAUUCUGUUUCUCCAAAUGGUUCUCCCAGUAUAAAAUCUUGGCAAAAGGGAGAUUUUCUUGGUAGUGGGUCAUUUGGAACCGUGUAUGAAGGCUUCACCGAUGAUGGAUUCUUUUUUGCGGUCAAGGAAGUUUCGUUAUUUGACCCAGGAAACCAGCAAAGCCUUUAUCAAUUGGAACAGGAGAUAUCUCUUCUAAGUCAGUUUCGACAUAAAAAUAUAGUUCGCUAUCAUGGCACAGAGAAGGACGAGAGCAAACUGUAUAUCUUUCUUGAGCUUGUUACAAAAGGUUCACUUGCAAGUGUCUACCGCAAGUAUCGCUUGCGUGAUUCCCAUGUUUCAGAUUACACCAGGCAAAUUUUGAGUGGGUUGCAUUAUCUUCAUUUCAGAAAUGUGAUUCACAGGGACAUUAAGUGUGCCAAUAUUUUGGUGGAUGUUAGUGGUUCUGUGAAGCUUGCAGAUUUUGGACUGGCAAAGGCAGCAAAAUUGAAUGACAUCAAGUCUUGCAAAGGAACUGCAUUCUGGAUGGCCCCAGAGGUCGUUAAUAGGAAGAACAACGGAUAUGGGCUUCCUGCUGAUAUAUGGAGUCUGGGUUGCACUGUCUUAGAGAUGUUAACUGGCCAAAUUCCUUAUUCUCACUUGGAAGGGGUAUUGCGGAGAUUCACAUGUCAAGCUCUUUUUCAUUGGUUUGUGCGACAGAUGCAAGCACUGUUCAGGAUAGGCAGAGGCGAACCUCCUCCUAUACCAGAUACGUUAUCGGCAGAAGCUCAGGAUUUCAUAAAUAGAUGUUUGCGAGUUAAUCCGAAUGAUCGGCCAACUGCAGCUGAACUGCUGGAACAUCCAUUCGUAAAGAAGCCACUGUCAAAUUUCUCAAGUCCUGCAGCCCCAUAAAUUCUGCUGUCAAUUGUACUGAGUGUCAGCAUACUCUUAUGUCUGCAAGUACUGAUCUGAUGCUUUUAGGAAUGUGCAAGCCAAGGAUCAAUUUCAAAUGAGAUGCUUGUACAGCGAAUUGGUUUGUGUAGCAUCCGAGAAGUCUUGUGAACUGAAAUUGCAAAUAUUUGGACGCAAGCAGUUGAAUGCAGAUGGGCCAUUGUAUGUUGCAAAUAGAAUGGGCAACAAAGUUCAUAUGUUGCGUUUGUGCCUGGACGUGUUCUAUCUUAUCCAAGAUAGACUGUAGAUUAUUAGUGAAUGAGAUGAUAGACAACCUUAUAAAGGAAAUUGUAAAUAGUCGAUAAAUGGUAGUAGUAUUUGUUUGCUUACACAAGAAAAAAAAAAUGAUUGCAGUUGAAAAAAUGAAAAUGCUUCUUUUGCUGUUUUCCCCCCGCUAUGUUAGAUGUGUAAACAUGCGAUGGACUUGGUUAAGUUUCAUCAUCGACCUUAUCUGAAGGAAGAUGAAGUAACUGUUCUUGUCAAGACUGCCGAUAAUUGUGGUAUGACGUUAAAUCACCAUAUUAGAUCACUAAACUUUGAGAAUCCAAUUCGAAAAGUGAGGUUGACUUUAA